AUGCCCAAGAAGAAAGGAAACCUCAAAGCCGCGCUGCACGGCCACUUCGCCCAGCAAGAGCAAAGGGCUAGAGAGAAAGCAGCACAGGAAGCGGCACGACGCAAGGCACUCUCCAUCUCAAAGACCGGCGAUGGUCGCUCCAAGGCCGCUAAACGCAGAACCUCGGGGCUUGACUCGCACAAUGAUGAUGCUGCAGCAGCCUCCAGGAAAGACGCUCCCUCCCCCUCACUCGAGUCCUCGCCGCAGAUCAAAAAGCGCAAGCGUCUUCCGCAGCCAUUUGCACGGGACGACACGAUCCUCAUCGUGGGAGAAGCCAACUUCUCCUUCACCCUCUCUCUGCUCGUUGCUCCACGUGUGCAUCCACCUUCACAAAUCCUUGCGACAGCGUACGACUCGGAGCAAGAAUGCUUCUCAAAGUACCCCGAUGCUCGAGAAAACGUUGAAAAGAUCCGUCGCAUAGCAGGUCGCGACGAUAUCGUCCUCUUUGGCGUCGACGCGGGACAGCUGGAAAAGUACAAGCAGGUCACGGGAGCUUCCAAGUCCAAGUCCCAGCUAAGUCGCAACCUCGAUGACGACUAUCGAGGCUCGUUCGGUCCAUCUUCGGGAUCCGGGGCCCAGCGAAGAUGGAGCAAAGUGUGGUUUGGUUUCCCGCAUGUCGGUGCUGGACACAAGGACGAGACGCGCAACGUGCUUGCCAACCAGCUUCUAAUCCUGCGCUUCCUCGUCUCCGUAGCGCCGUAUCUCACUGUCGGUGCCCUGCCAUCACAUGCUCCCGGCGCUGCCUCCUCCGCGUCGAACAAGCGAAAAGGGUCUGAUGACGAAGAUGAUCUCGACGACGACCUUGAAGCGGACGAGUCGGAAGCGGCCGAGCCGGAAGCGGCCGAGCUGGACCUCCUCGGCCCAGCCGCCACCGAAGCGGAUCAGUCGAUCUUGGACGAAACGCAAGCGCGCAUUUCAGCACUUCAAGCUUUCACCCCACCGUCACGCCAAGGAUCGGUCCUCAUCACACUGCGCAACGCUUCGCCCUACACCCUGUGGGACGUGGCCAACCUCGCCAAGCGUCUCCCGCAGAUGCUGCCCGUCAUCGCCUCGACCGCACCCGCCCUGCCCAAAGGCGUCAAGAAGCCCUCGUUGAAAGACCUCACCGCGAACGGGCUCUCCACUUUGAGUCCGAACAAUCUCCACUCGCGUGCCGUCUCCCAGAGCAAAGACGGCGGUGGUGGUGGCGGAGUGGACAAAUCGGGCGUAAAAAGGUAUCGCAGCUACCAUCUCUGGAGAAGUUUCGAAUUUGACCCCACCGAAUGGCGCGGAUAUCAACAUCGCAGGACUGUCGGUUGGAUUGAAGGGGUCAGCAGCAGUGCGAACGAGGACCUGCUGAGGUCUAGGUCGAACCAGAGGGAAGAGGGCAAUGUCAGAGCGAGUAAGGCGGGUGGUGGUGAGUGUCGCACGUGGGAGUUUGGCCUUAGUUGA